ACGAGCUCUGAUUUCGAGCAGUUCGGACGCGGCGGAAAGUUAGUUCCGUUUCUAGUUUUUCUGGUAAUCUGUGACAAGAGGCCGGCUCCAGUUUGUGUGUAAGUGUGUGAAGAAGAAGUUGGGUGUUGAUUUGGGUCUCCGUACCCUGCCGGACCCCAUUCAUCCAUCCACCCACGCAAGAACCGUCGUUUGGUUUUAAGGGUUUUGGUUCAAGGUGUUUCUGGUUAUUCCUGUGUGGUUUGGUUCUGAGUGAAUCUGUGCUUUCGAAAAUCCAGAAGGAGGAUUAUCAACCCGGUGUGCUUUAACUAGGAUCAACGGUUAAAAAUUACGCAGCACUACGACAUACUUCAUCGGUAUUAACUAAGUUAAAUUGACUUGGAUCAGGAAUCUUACAAAAAAACGCAACCAUGGAAACGUUGGAACAGAAACAGCAGAAGGUGCACAUCGAAAAGGCUCAGAAUUUCAUGCGCCAGUACCGGGAUCCGGAAUCGAGGGAACUGAAGAAACUGUCCGCCAACCAGUUUAUGGAUGUGUGGAGUCAUUACGAUAAAGAUGGCAACGGUUACAUUGAGGGUACCGAGCUGGACGGUUUCCUGAAAGAGUUCGUCUCGAGUGCCAACACAUCGGAUCUCGGUCCUGAGUCGCUGACCGAUGAAAUGCUGGUGGAGUUGAAGGCCUGCUUCAUGGAAGCCUACGACGAUAACCAGGAUGGUAAAAUCGAUAUCAGAGAGCUGGCCCAGCUUCUGCCCAUGGAGGAAAACUUUCUGCUGCUGUUCCGAUUCGAUAACCCGCUGGAAUCCAGUGUGGAAUUCAUGAAGAUAUGGCGGGAAUACGAUUCCGACAACAGUGGCUACAUUGAGGCAGAUGAGCUGAAGAAUUUCCUCCGGGACCUGCUGAAAGAGGCAAAGAAAAUAAACGACGUGUCGGAAGAUAAAUUAAUCGAAUACACCGACACCAUGCUACGAGUAUUCGACGCCAACAAGGACGGUCGAUUGCAGCUUUCGGAAAUGGCAAAAUUGCUUCCUGUGAAGGAAAAUUUCCUGUGCCGCCAAGUGUUUAAGGAGGGCAGAAUUGAUGAAGAAGGUGCUGCAAAGCUAACCAAGGAUGACAUCGAAAAAGUUUUCUCACUUUAUGACAGGGACAAUAACGGCUCAAUCGAGAAUGAAGAGCUCCGAGGUUUCCUAAAAGAUCUAUUGGAGUUGGUUAAAAAGGAUUACGAUGCCCAGGACCUGAACGAGUUCGAAGAAACCAUCCUACGGGGGGUAGGCUACGACAAGGAUGGCAAAAUUUCCCGCAAGGAGCUCACCAUGAUCCUGCUAGCGCUCGCCAAACAACCCCCAGAGGACGAACAGUAAUAUGGGGACUGUACCACUCUCGUUUCGUCAUCGUCAUCGCACCCGCAAUAUUCAGCUGCUGGUAGUAGUACUGGUGCCAGUAGCAGUAGUCACCGCCGUAGGAUUUCCCGAUCCGGUUCAACCGCAACCCAGCUGGUGAUGCAACCCAUUGCCAAGUUCCGGAUGAUGCUAGGACUGGGAAAUCAACAUCAGAGCGGCCAGCAGCAGCAGCAGCAGCAACAGCAAUCGCAGAAUCCAACAACCGCAGCACACCCUCAACAACAACCACCGGUAGAAGAACACCAGAUCUUCGGAGUAGAAGAAGCGGCCACCGCCACCGGAAGUAGCAGCAAUGGACACCACCCUAGCGGAAGUAGUGCCAGUAGCGGCGCAGAGCAGCCCCAGCUUCUGCCGGUAGUUGACUUCUAUCGACGCAUCAAGCGGAUAGUCAAGAAACAGUAGAUGAUCUCAGCUGAAAUUGGUAACAAAAUGAAUAACACCAAAAACUAUUAGUGGCUUAUUUCGAAAAAUUAAUACACUAUUAGCGAAAAUUUGAAAAAUAAAAGAGUAGUUGGGAAGGGGAGAAUUUGAACAAAAUUACCAAACUGAGUGAGCAUCAUUCUGAAUCUAGCGGACAAAAAGAUUGGAACAAAUAAUGCGAAAAACAACAUCAAAAAUCGGGUUCAUAAUUGGCAAAACGAUCGAGCUGGUACGAGCAGCGUUUAACGCUGUGAAUUCCUCGAAAAAUAGAAAAAAUAAUAAACGAACAACAAAACAAUAACAAUAAGGGCAUUUCUACCGACGAAGAGCAAAAUGAUCGAAAAAUCAAAGGGGUGAAAGGCCCUAACGAAAAAAAACUAAGAAAAUCCCUUUUCGGGGGAUGAUCCACAACCGGAUAAAUUAGAUGAAGCACAAAAAUUAGUCCAUUUAUGAGAAUCUAAUCUUCUACUGUUUCAAAACUUAUGUUCUUAUUUAAUAAAGAAAAAGAGAGAGCUUGAAGUGUUUCAAUGGCUUCUGGUGGAAGGUUAUCAUGCUUAAUUUUGCAAAUUUUGGCUUGAAAUCUGUCAAAAAUCAUACUCUCAACUUGUAAGAAUGGGUAUUGCUAAGACACUAAUGUUAUCUUUCAGAAAAAAAACUACAAAAAAUAAGAUGCACUAUUCAAAGUGGAUACUUGAGUUUACAUUCAAAUGAUUUUAAUCUAUAAUUUCCUUUCCAAACACUUUUGAACGUUUAGAUAAAUCUGUUCUUAAAUCUGGCAUGACUGAAGAUUAUUUAGAAGAAAGUGCUUAUAAACUUUCAAGUCUAUUAUAAAACUGUUUAUAUUUUCAUCAUGAUUUUAUGUAUUUUGACUAUUGCGUAUCUAAGUUUUGGUAAAAUUAGAACGCUUUUCCUAUCGUAGAUAGUUCUUUGAAAAUUAUAAUCAAUCUGAAGCUAGACUGUUUAAAUUUGAUAGAUUCCUCCGAAGUAUUUCAAUGUUUACACUCUAACCAGCAGAAGCAAAACAAAAGAUCGCUUGAUAGCUCUGUAACAGGUUAGAAUAAUACCAGAAAUAACAUCAACCAAAACUAGAGAUUUCCAAUAACAAUGGUUUCCGUUCAACGAAAAUCUCGUGCCAAAAGUUGAUUGAGCAUUGAAAUUAUUCGAAAUUAAAAAAAUACAUAAAUCAACCAUCAAAUUCUAUUUAAAAUAUUACGGAAAAAUUUUCGCUAACCUUAGAUAGAAUUUUACCGAAGCUUGUCUAUCUUAAAGAGUUUCUCACACAGAACGCAGAUGCCAGAGACAGAUGAAUUGAUGUAAGCUUAAACUUAAACCGAUUUUUUUUCCUAAAACACUUGUUGAAACCUACCUAUCAAAAGUCUAUCAUCUAAAGAAAAGUGUAACCUCUAUAACUGUUGCUGUUAUUAUAAAAUCGAAAAUAAACUUCUCGAAGAAGAAAGAUGUCAAUAAACAUAUUUUCCAUAACAAAUGCAAAACAAAUCUUCCCAAAUGCAAAACCUGUUGUAUUGUUGUUAUA